AUGAAGUACCUAGAAUACCCCGAGCUCGAGGUGUUGUCACGCGCGCUUACCUUUGAAAUGUCCGAGUGCAAAGUGUUUACGCGCAUCGAGGCAUACUCGUGCAAGGCCGUGAACAAAGAAAAGCGCUUGUUCAAGUCACUAGAGUCAUCGUACCUGUUAUCGGCAUCAAGCUCACCACCCGCUUAUCUAGAGGAGGCCUUAGCUUCACCCUUCGGGCGCCUUGACCAGCCUUCGGCACGGAAAACGCUGUUUCUUCUUAUUGCAACGCUAAAUGGUGCAUUUCCCGAUCACGACUUUAGUGAAGUGAAUCCUGCCGAUUUUGUCCGCGAGUCCAGUCCUACCGUUGUGUUGAACAGUCUCACAUCGACGCUCCUAAGUUUGCGUAGUGGUACAGGCUCUCCAGCGUCCCUUCACGCCUCGAUCGACGACUCGCCACUGUUAAGCUCGUUGGCCCGUUCGCCUUUGGCACUCGAUGCACGGUCGACGCCUUCCCAUGUCCGUGCCGCCACACCCACAGCAGCCGACGGCGUCAGCAGCGGCACUGCAGCAACCCAUACGCCUGGUCCUGCCAGCGGCAGCGGAGCCAGCCCGAACCUGUCGUCAUCACGCUCUGCGUUUGCGUCGUUGCCAUCGGUGAUCGAUGAGAUCAUCCAUACAGCUGACUGCGAGGUAUACACGUUUCAUCCGGACAUGGACUCAGAUCCGCAUGCGAGUGCUGAGCCAGACGAGGAAGGUACCGGUGACAUGUAUGAGACGGAUCCCUAUGACGAGGGAUACACAGUCGAUGAUGACGACCAAAUGGCAGGUACGAAUGCAGCACACUCAGGCGGGAUGCAUGGAAACGGCGCCGGCGAUGCGUACAUGGACGAUGCGUCGAUGGCAGACACACCCAUGUUUGACGAGGAUAUGGACGUUGCGCCAUCCUUGCUCGGGAGUGCGCAUGGCGGCGCUCAUGCAUCGCCCUCUCUUACCGUUGAUGAAGACGACUUGGCUGGCGCGGGCGCGGGUCUCUUGUGGUCUACCUUCGCAUUCUUCUAUAACAAGCGCAUGAAACGCAUCUUGUUUGUCAGUGUGUGGAGUCGAAAGAACUCGCCGCUCGGCACCACACCCACCAUGUGGAGCAGUCCUUCUCUGGGGGCCGUGCAGCCAUUGACAGCCACGGACGAUGUGCCAGCACUCGGCAUUGCGCCGUCGCUGUAUGAUCGUCUCGCUGAACGGGCAACUGCCGCCCCCUCUGCACCUCGGCCAACUCGUGCGCGUCGUUCCGCGCCCUAUUCCGUGGCACAGCGACGGACAAGGCAAACGACACGUGGUCGAUCCGCCUCCAACAGUCCGGCGCCCAGUGCCUUGUCGCCUUUUCCACAUGCACAGGCGCCGCACGCUAUGCAUCCGCCGGCUGCGCGACAAGCAUCGUCCACCUACACAUCUCUCGACGCUGCCGCGCUUAGCGUAAGUGCGCCCGACCCACGAGCCGUUCAACCGCUCGCAGCGAAUCCACCGUCUAAUGGCAUUUGA